AUUGUGGAUCAUCUAUUUUUAAUAAGGAUGACAAGUAUUUAGGAAUGGAGGGAGCAGUAUUUUUCAUACAUAAUACAUGUUGAACAGAUAGCCUGUGCCAUAACAUUAUAGUUAAUGCACUUGAAUUCUACUAAAAAAUGGAAAAAAUGGUCCAAAAUUUUUUCAGGUCAUUUUCAGGAAAAGUAGUUGCUGAAGAAAGCAGAAAGCUACUACUCCUCACAAGAAACCAAUAAUCAACAUGGAAACCAGCACGAAAAUCACUCGGAAAUGGAUACUAUGCACAUUUGGUAGCUUCAUUAGUUGCUUCAUUUUCUUGCUAUACCUUAAGCACAACAAUGAGGCAGUGCAUUUCAGGACUCUGCGACAUGCCAUGUUCAAUGUGACAUUGUCUUUAGACAAUAGCUUUUUCCAUCCUGGUAAUUUAGAGACCUCGAAAGCAGCAACAAGCAGAGAAGAUGAAGGGGAUAUAAUACAGAAAAACAGCAAGAAUAAGUGCAACAUAUUUGAGGGAAGAUGGGUUUAUGAAUCAAAGGGAAGCUCAUAUUAUGAAGCGCCACAAUGUCCAUUCCUCAGUGAACAAGUGAGCUGCCAGAAGAAUGGAAGGCCUGAUUUCGACUAUGAGAAUUGGUCUUGGGAAGCUCAUGAUUGUGUGAUCCCAAGAUUCAAUGGCAGAGAUAUGUUGAAGAGGCUUAGAGGCAAGAGGGUCAUCAUAGUUGGAGAUUCACUAAACAGGAACCAGUGGGAAUCUCUCGCGUGUCUUCUUUAUUCUACAAUUCCUCCUUCAAGAGCCCAUCUUGAUUUUAGCAGUAGCUCCUAUAAAGUCUUCAAAGCUAAGGACUACAAUGUCACUGUAGAGUUCUACUGGAACCCGUUUCUUGUCCAGUUGGACUCCAAAAAUGCUCCUAAAAUUUUAAGGCUGGAAACACUCGAUUUGUCGUGUCUGCAUUGGCAAGGAGCGGACAUUAUGGUAUUCAACACAGGACAUUGGUGGUUGCAUCGUGGGAAGUUCAAGGCGUGGGACUUAUUCAAGUACAAGGGACAAUUAGUUGAUGAGCUGAAGUUAGAAUCAGCAUUUGAAGUGGCAAUGGGAACCUGGGCAAAUUGGAUAGAUCAGAAUGUUAACUUGAUAAAAACAACAGUUUUCUUCAGAAGCGUUUCCCCAGCUCACCAAGGUCAAACCGGAUGUUACACUAAAACACAACCGAUCACAGAUAUAUCACAUGUAACACAUUUUUCUGAGUCCCUGAUGGAGAUUGUUGUUAGAACAUUGUCAAAAAUGAGAGUUCCUGUAAGAUACUUAAACAUCACGAAGCUCUCAGAGCACCGCAUAGAUGCACAUCCAUCAGUCUACGGCAAAAAGAAAGGACAAGAACUGAUGAAGAGAAAAUUAAAGCCACCGGAGAGUUUUGCUGAUUGCAGUCAUUGGUGCCUGCCCGGACUGCCUGAUACAUGGAAUAGGUUACUAUAUGCAUCUCUUGUUUUGGAUCACCCUACUGAUUCCCCGGGUCUAUCACAUUUGGUUUCUUGAAAAUAAGAGAUUUACCAUCAUUAGGCUAUAUUAGUUAUUGUGUUAGUGUGGAUAGUGGUGGCAAUUCAACCUAUAUUUGCUCAACUCAUCCAUUUUAAAUAUGAGUGAAUUUGCGCUAA